UCCGACGCAUCAAUUGCCCUCUCUCUCUCUCUUCCUCCUUCGAUCGUCGAUGGACGCCGCCGCCGCCGCCGUCCCUCCCCCGCCGCCCGCCGGCGAGCCCGCACCGUCCCUCUCUCCGCCCAUCGCCGCCCAAGAACCCAUCGACGCCCCCAAUUCUCCCGACCGCGGCGGCCCGAGUCCGCCGGCCGAAGCUCCCUCUCCGCCCUCGAAGCCCGUCGGGGAGAAGGCUAAUGUCAAGAAACGGAGGAAACUCAAGGGCGUCGCUUCGCAGGCGGCGGCGGCGGCGUCGUCGUCGUCGGCGUCUUCGUCUUCGGCUCGUCCUCUUCUUCCGCGUCCUGCCGAGAGGGGCGCUCGCGUUCUGCGCAGACGCCGAGGCCCUCGGGUCCUGCUCGGCGCGGCGCAGCCCGCGGGGAACGACGUGGAGGCAAUGGCGCUCCCUCUUGGAAUGUGUUUUGCUGCCGUUGUUGCCCAGGUUUUGGAAAGGGAAUAUACGACACGAGAAAAGAUGUCUGUCGAUUAUCUCUCGCAGAUUUGUACUUCUGCUGUCAGAGAAUCAUUAUCCAAUGGAUUUGGCAACAAAUUUACCAGUUUUGCAAGCAACUUUGAGAUGUCUUUCAGGAGCACAUUACGGACUCUUAGGUUGAUUAGUGAAUCCUCAUCACAAGAGAAAAUGUAUCAAUUGGACCAGCAAGAUGUUACGAUUUCAACAUCCAACAUGCAUCCACAGGGGUCUAUGGACAAAGGAAGUUGUUCAAGCUCUUUGAAAGAGUUUGGAGCAGAACCAGUUUUGCGCCAUUCUGACAGUCCAGAUCAUCUAAACAUGUUCAAGGAGGCACAAGAACAUAUUCUAAGAGAUUCUAUGAUAUGCCAGAUUAGCCAACAAAGAGAGGAAAAUCAACUUGCUUGUGUUUCUCGUAGCAGAUCUGGACCUCCUGUUAUCAGCCAGCCCAUAAGAAGCACCUUCGAGAAAUCCAUCGUGGAACAGACUCGAUCUAAUGACCUUAAGGAAUUGGAACUUGGUCUUGUCAUGAAAAAGAUGAAGCUAAAAGAAGCGCAGCUCUCUCUCACUUAUGAUGCAAAUCGUCUGGGGAGAUCAAAGUUGGCUAUGGGCAUAUCAAAGGCAUCCUUUAACGAAGAAAAGUUCAAGAAUAAAUUAGAAGACACGAGACAUUCAGAGCUACUUAAAAAGUGCAUAGAUUGUCUUGUUGCUGGUUUAAUUAUAAUGUCACUUUCCCUUUUAUAUGGAGCUUAUGUUUUUUCCUACCAAAAACUUGCCGAAGCUACCGAAUCCUGUUCACCUUCAACCCAGCAAUCCAGGUCUUGGUGGAUCCCGGAGCCUGUGGUGUCUUUUAAUUCGGGAAUUCAAAUGCUGAGAUGUCAGAUCCAAAUUCUGAGCCGGAUGCUGUUUGGUGUCCUGAUGAUCCUCACCGUUGCUUAUUUGCUCCUCCAGCGCUCCACAACUUCAAACCAAACGAUGCCGGUUACUUUUCUGCUUUUGCUGUUAGGAGCGGCCUGUGGAUUUGCAGGAAAGCUCUGUGUCGACACUUUGGGAGGAAGCGGAUAUCAUUGGCUCAUCUUCUGGGAGACUCUUUGCUUCCUGCAUUUCUUGUCGAAUAUAUGGACGUCAAGAUUGUUUAUCAUUCUCCAUGGGCCUGUUUCCACACCCCAAGGGAUGAGGAGUGAUGCGGUGAUGGUUCCAUACUGGGUUCGGCAGAUUUUAUUCUAUGCUGCUGUUCUAAUCUUUCUUCCUCUGUUAUGUGGCCUUAUUCCUUUUGCAAGUCCGGUCGAAUGGAAGGAUCAUUUCUCGCAGCUCAUUGUGGACCAUCUGUCUAAUGAUGGCGAUAGUGAUUGGAGCUAGCCGAUGCAGUUGGAGGGUGUAGAGGAGUUCAAGUAGGGUAAAUCAUAUUUAUUAUAGGACUCAAGCUCUUUUGGGUUUGGAUUUGAAACUUUUUGUAAUGGGCAGUGUUGUAUUUUAUUUAGAAGGGACAUAAAGGCCAUAAAAGAUAAGUGGGACUGUUGAGGGCUGUAUCAUAGGAUAAAGCUUAGAGAGCUUGUGUCUUGGCCUGUAUUAUUACGAUGACGAGGUGUAAUUUUUUCAACUGUAAGUGGUGCAAUCUCUUACCAAGUC